CAAACAUCUCUGCUAGAUAUACCUUUCGGAUAGAGGCCAUAAUCGCUGCGCGUUUUGUAGCCUCUUGAAACCACUUGGCCAAAGAUUUGGGCUGCCUUGCAAUCAACAGCUCCACUGCGAGCGGAAAUCAAAGCCCACACCUCGAAAACUCUGCGAGCAAGAAAAAGCAGAGAACUACAAGAUGAUUCGCCGCAAGCCAACCGUUAUAACUGUCACAUCCGAAGAUAUCUUGGCCUUUGAAGAAGCCCGUCUUCGCCAACAGGAGCAGCAACAAGAGCAGCAGAACGUGGCCAAGAACAGCGAGAAUAAAUCCGGAGCUGUUGAUCCGAAUGAUGAAUUGAAACCCCUACCGGGUGAUAAGGCAAGGAUUAUCAGAAGCAGAGAUGAGAGAAUUGGUGUUAGCCGGAGAGGGUGAACGGAUCUGAAACAUCAUUCCGGAAGACUUAGAGAGUUAUUGGGAUGGGGAAAAUAAAGUGUUUCGAUUACCCACACGGAGUUAUGCGUUGAAUUCAAGCUACCUGUCCCAUGAAGCGAUACCUGAUGUUCAGUCAUCUGGAACCAAGCGCUAGGGACGAUAUUUUGGCCCGAGUCGCAUAGUAUAAGUUCUAUGUGUCCCUGAACUUCCACGGAACCGCACCGCAAGCAAAUUGGUUGUCAUAGGGAAAUCGGCCACCCUUUACGCGAGCCAUGAAACAUAUGGCGAGUGGGAAGAGUGGGGGGAUAUGAUACAAACCAGCCCAAUUUUAUCGUGCAUCGGCUUUUGGUCACUGGAAAUCGGCAGGACGCUUUGGACCUCUUAUAAGCGCUGAGGUCGAAGUUGAGAUUUUGUCGCUUGCUCGUCAGCUGUUUUCCAUUCGAUCACAGCUUAUGUACGUCAAGACUAUUCCUUUACGAUGGUAUAUGCUAGACCAGCUAAGCCAAUGGUAUCCCGUACCCCAAA